UUCACCAAAAUUACGGAUAAUGUGUACCAAUAGAGACAAACUUAACACAAGAGUUGGGAUCAAACCAGGAGAUGGUAUCCGAUCUUUGGACUCGUCUAGUAUUUUCCGAGUGGCCAACUUUGAAUUGUUUGUAAAACCGAACAAGUAUGUGAUGGGCGCCGGUAUUUGUGCUGUAACUCUAUGUAUCGGUUAUUUUGUUUAUAUCAAUCAUCAAAUCAGAUCAAAUCCAUCAACUUAUGUGGCACUCAAUGAAGAUAAUACACAAGUAAUACGCGACAAGAAAUCCAAAUGGAGUUGAAGUCA